UUCUAUCGCCGAUCGUAGUUGCGUGCAGAUGUUUUCUCUCUAUUCCGACCAUGUUCCACUUUGAAAAGCUCGCCAACGAAACGCUCGACCGGAUCGAGUGCCCUGGAACGGAACACCACUACCGGGUUACGCGACCCGGUGGAUAUCCGGAUGAGGCACCGGGCUUUCUCAGGGACCGAGGUUCGUCGAGGUUCAGCGUGAUGAUCGAGACGUACUUGCCGCUGGCCGAGCGGGUUCGAACCUUCCAGGUGUUCGAGGACGACGUUUGGGUGGUGACCUUUCCCAAGUGUGGCACGACCUGGACGCAGGAAAUGGUUUGGCUGCUGAACAACGGACUCAACUUUGAGCGCGCCAAGAAGCUGUCGCUGGACGAGCGAUUCCCGUUUCUGGAGCUAACCGGGGCUUUGACCCUGUACGGAGGGGACACCGUAACGGACGUCGAGCGGCUACCCCGGCCACGUCACAUCAAGUCGCACCUGCCGGCAAUGCUGCUGCCGGACGCCGUCUGGACCGUGCGACCAAAGAUCAUCUACGUCUCGCGUGGGCCCAAGGAUGCCGCUACCUCGUUCUAUCAUCACUACCGGAACAUUGUCGGUUACGACGGACCCCGGGAGGACUUUUUCAACGCCUUUCUGAGUGACAACUUGAUCUACGCGCCGUUCGGGGGCCAUGCUGCGGACUAUUGGAAGUUGCGCGACGAACGCAAUGUGCUGUUUUUGAGCUACGAGCAAAUGAAACGUGAUCUGAAGAAAGUGAUUGCGAAAACGGCUGCCUUCUUGGGGAAAUCGUACAACGGGCAGCAAAUUGCAGCACUAGAGCAGCACUUGUCGGUCGAGUCGAUGCGUGCGAACAAAUCAUGCAACAUGGAUAACUUAGUCCAGUGGGCACGAAAAACCAACUACAGUUACGAAAGGAAAAGGAAUGAUGCUAACCAGUUUCAAUUCAUUCGCAGCGGAAAGAUAAACUCCUUCGAACAGGACAUGAGCGAAGACUAUGUGAGCCGAUUUGAUGAGUACGAGAAGACGAUUACCGAGGGAAGUGAUUUCAAGUUUGACUUUUAAACUGAGAGUGAUAAAGUAUAAGAUAAAACAAAUGUCUCAAGUUAUUCUUUA